AUGUCAGCCUCUUGGGGGGCUUGGUCAGCCAUCAGGACGGCAGUCCUCCCUUCCUUGCGAUCUCGUCCGCCGUUCCGAUCUCUCUCCGGAGGCAUGUCUUUCUCCCAGGAGCUAGAGCACGCCAUGAAGAGGAAGAAUGUCAAGUACUUCAACUGGCUGAUCGCAAAGUACGCCGAGGCCGCUGCUGUCCAUCGCUGCAACCGGCUGUUGCAGGCCAUGGCCGAGGUCCAGGUAAAGCCCAAUGAGCAUUCCUGGGGUGGGCUGAUCAACGGCUACAUGAGGAUGGGGGAUGUGGAGGGAGGGCUGAGGAAGGUAAGAGAGUACCUGACGGGAGGGGGAGAGCUCAAUACCGUCCUCGGCACGAGCAUCAUCAAGGGACUUGUGGGAGCUGGGAGGAUGGAGGAGGCGACUAGGUUCCUGGAGGAGAUGAAGGCGAUGAGGGUUCCUCCCAACGAUCGGACGUUGAAGACGCUCCUGCGCGGGUGCCUGCGAUGGGGGAGGGGAGGGGAGGCAGAGAGCAUCUACGAGGAGAUGAGGGCGCAAGGGAUGCAAGACCAGGUCUCUGACGCGCUAAUGAUCCGUAUCCGCUGCCAGGAUGGACGACUUGAAGAGGCUCUCAGUCAGCUUCGAGGCCUCACAGGACCAGCGCCGCUCUCGAGGCUGGCGGUUGGGCACAUGCUCUUGAUGGAGGGCCGAGACGGUGAGGCUCUGGAGCAGGCGGCGAGGGCGAUGGAGGAGAUUGGAGGCGCCGGAGCAGCAGCGGUGGAUGAGAUUUCAAAGUUGAAGAUCAAGACGGAUGCAGAAUUCAUCCAGCGGAUUGUGGAGGAGAGGAAGCAGGGGAGGCGUGACGAGCAAAGUUUGCGGCCCAGCAUGCAAGAUCUGUUUCUGAGCUCGUCGAGCAACGUCGACAAGGGGAACCUGAAGACAGGACUGUCGAAACUCCUGCGUGCCGUGGGGCCGGACAAGCCUCUGCAUGUCGAGCUCUGCGCUGGGAGCGGCGAGUGGGUGUUGGAUCGAGCAGGUGUUGAGGACGCGAACUGGGUGGCGGUGGAGUAUCGGUACGACAGAGCGCACGAGAUCUUGACGAGGAGGAGUCUGUUGGGGUUGAACAACCUGGUCGUGUUGAACUUGGAUGCAGCUCUUGUAUGCUCUGACCUCCUUCGACCCGCAUCUGUCAGGUCCAUGUUUCUUCGCUUCCCCGAGCCGAUGGGAGCAGGCAGUGUUUUCUUCAGUCCCUCCUUCCUCCGUGCUGUUCACAAGAACUUGGAGCCGAACGGAACGUUCAACAUCGUGACAGACGACAGGCAAGGAUUUGCCGACAUGCUGCUGCUGCUGCUGCUGCUGCUGCUGCUGCCCUCCGACCUUCGGGACUCGUACCUCAAAGUCGUCAAGUCUUGUCCUCAGCUCUUCAAGGCUCGGAGCACAGCUCGGAGGGAGGGGGCGAAAAAGGGGGAGGGAGCUGUGUCCUACUUCGACCAGCUGUGGAGGAGCAGGGGGUUCCAGGAGCGCUACUUUAUAGAGCUCGGAAAGGUCCCCAGAAAUGUCUGAGCUACGAAAGGUCCCGAGUAAAGACCGAGGCAGUUC